AUUGACGCUUUGGAUCCUGUAGUGCGAGAUGUGAUUGAGGCAGGAUCGGAUGAAAGACCACUAUUCACUUGGUGGAUCACAUCGGUGCAAGUGAUUGUUUGCAUUAUUUCAUUGAUGUUUUACGGCCUUGGACCAGCGGGCUGGGAAAGAGUGGAAAUGAAAGAGGAGGUUAUAGAUGUGACGCUGGUCAUGCGCCAAGUCAGCUACUUCGAACCAGUAAAUCUCUGGAUUGGACCAAGAUUUGCUGACUUGAUACGGCUUGGUGCGAAAUAUUCUCCAUGUAUGCGACGAGAGCCCGGUCUGUGGAAGCUGAUCACUGAGGAAAGGAAAAAAGAAAAUUCUACAGGCUGUUGUGUGUUCAACGAUCGCACGGGCUGCUACCAGACAGGACAGCUCAGUUGUCCGCGCACCCUGGCUACAUGGCACAGGUGGUCAAAACCAAAGCCUCCACCAUUGCAAAGAUCAAAGUCUGACUCUUUUUUGCUAGACAAUGUGAAACAAGGCAGUAUGAAGAAUGAUACUUUAUCUCGUCGUCGUGGUAGCAUAUCGCAGGCUAUAUCGACUCAUACUUGGCGAACAGCUGGUGCUGUCUGCGGUCAGGAUCCCGAGUAA